AUGGCUAAUGUUAGAAGUGGGAUUUGAAAAACAUCAAUAAGAAACCAUAAAAAUCGCUAAUAGGGUAAUCACCUUCUUUAAUCUUUCGACUACUUAUUUUAUCAUUUGAUAGGUUAUCGUUUGGACGUUGAGUCUAAGGUGAUCAAACGUGUUCACGCAAAGUCUGGACAGGAUUGCAUCAUGGAAUGUGCGGUACUUGAAGAGGAACCAUGCAGUUCAGCUAACUACAAUAAAACCGCGACUUUUAGAGGACAAGAAAAUUGCGAGUUGCUCGAAACUGUUGAUUCAGAAGAAUAUGCAAAGAGUUUAAAGAGAAAAUUAAAUUUUGAUCACUACAUAAUACUUUCACUCGAAACAGUAAGUAUAUAGCCAGAAUAUGUUCAAACUCUUUAUAUGCAGAGUUUAUCAAAACUUGACCAACUUUCUAAUGGCAUCAUAAUAAAAAUAAUUCAAUUAAUGUUUUUUUUUUGUUUGUAUUUUCCAACCAUGUAUUUGUUUGUCUAGUGCAUGUAG